CUUCAAUAAUCAGGAUCUUUCUACCCAUCCUCACAUUUAUUUUACAUCAUUCUCUCUUCAACAAUCUUUUGCUCUAUACAAAUUUCUUCAAUCUUUUUCACUAAACCAACCAACCCCUUUACAUUUCUUGGACCAUUUCACCAAAACAAACAACCCCUUUACAUUUUCUUGAAUUUUUUCACAACCCCUUUUCAUUUUCUUGAGUCUUUUCACCAAAAAAAAACAACCCCUUUAUAUUUUCUUGAAUCUUUUCACAUAAAAAUCCAAUCUUUAUACACUUUCUUGAAAAAAAAAUGGCUGGUGUCAUUAAUGGUCAGCAAGAUUUGGACUUUUGCAUCAAAGUGGAUCCAUUGAACUGGGAAAUGGCAGCGGAGUCAUUGAGGGGUAGCCAUUUAGAUGAAGUGAAAAAGAUGGUGGCCGAGUUUAGGAAGCCAGUUGUAAAACUUGGUGGUGAAACAUUGACAGUUGCACAAGUUGCUUCAGUAGCUGCAAAGGUUAAUGUUGAAAAUGUGAAAGUGGAGCUUUGUGAGGAUGCUAGGGCUGGUGUUAAAGCUAGUAGUGAUUGGGUUAUGGAAAGUAUGAGUAAAGGGACUGAUAGCUAUGGUGUUACUACUGGUUUUGGUGCUACAUCUCAUAGGAGAACAAAAAAUGGUGGUGCUUUACAAAAGGAACUUAUUAGAUUCUUGAAUGCUGGAGUUUUUGGUAAUGGUACUGAGUCAUGUCACACAUUGCCACAAUCAAGCACAAGGGCAGCCAUGCUUGUUAGGAUUAAUACUCUUCUUCAGGGGUACUCUGGCAUCAGAUUUGAAAUCUUGGAAGCUAUCACUAAGUUGAUUAACCACAAUGUCACUCCAUGUUUGCCUCUUCGUGGCACAAUCACUGCAUCCGGUGAUCUUGUUCCUUUGUCCUACAUUGCUGGAUUGCUCACUGGCAGGCCUAAUUCCAAGGCUGUUGGACCUAAUGGUGAGACGUUGAAUGCUGAGGAAGCGUUCCAUGUUGCUGGAGUUAAUGGUGGAUUUUUUGAGCUGCAGCCUAAGGAAGGACUUGCUCUUGUGAAUGGUACUGCUGUUGGUUCUGGUUUGGCUUCGAUUGUGUUGUUUGAUGCUAAUGUGCUCGCGGUAUUUUCUGAAGUUCUCUCGGCUAUUUUUGCUGAGGUGAUGAAUGGAAAGCCCGAGUUCACUGAUCAUUUGACGCAUAAAUUGAAGCAUCAUCCUGGACAAAUUGAGGCUGCUGCAAUCAUGGAACACAUUUUGGAUGGGAGUGCUUAUGUGAAGGCAGCUCAGAAGCUCCACGAAAUGGAUCCUUUGCAGAAACCAAAGCAAGAUCGUUAUGCUCUUAGAACGUCACCACAGUGGCUUGGCCCUCAGAUUGAAGUUAUUCGUUCUGCAACCAAGAUGAUCGAGAGGGAGAUUAAUUCAGUGAACGACAACCCCUUGAUUGAUGUUUCAAGAAACAAGGCUUUACAUGGUGGCAAUUUCCAGGGCACUCCCAUUGGUGUCUCUAUGGACAAUGCUAGAUUAGCCCUUGCAUCAAUAGGGAAAUUGAUGUUUGCACAAUUCUCCGAGCUUGUCAACGACUACUACAACAAUGGGUUGCCAUCUAAUCUGACUGCAGGAAGGAAUCCAAGCUUGGACUACGGUUUCAAGGGAUCUGAGAUUGCUAUGGCUUCAUACUGUUCAGAGCUUCAAUUCUUAGCAAAUCCAGUGACUAACCACGUACAAAGCGCGGAGCAGCACAACCAAGACGUGAACUCCUUGGGCUUAAUCUCAGCAAGAAAAACAGCUGAAGCAGUGGAUAUCUUGAAGCUAAUGUCAUCCACAUACCUAGUGGCACUUUGUCAAGCUAUAGACUUGAGGCAUUUGGAAGAGAAUUUGAGAAAUGCUGUCAAGAACACGGUGUGCCAAGUAGCUAAGAGGACCUUGACAAUGGGUGCCAACGGAGAACUUCAUCCAUCAAGAUUCUGCGAGAAAGACUUGCUCCGCAUUGUGGACAGGGAAUACCUCUUCGCUUAUGCUGAUGACCCCUGCAGCGCUAACUACCCACUGAUGCAGAAACUGAGACAAGUCCUCGUAGAGCACGCCUUGCAAAACGGUGAAAAUGAGAAGAAUGCAAGCAGCUCAAUCUUUCAAAAGAUUGUAGCUUUUGAAGAAGAGUUGAAGUCUGUUUUACCAAGAGAAGUCGAGAGUGCCAGAGUCGCGUUGGAAAGUGGAAACCCCGCGAUUGCAAACAGGAUCAACGAAUGCAGAUCAUACCCGCUCUACAAGUUUGUUAGGGAGGAGCUCGGGACGGAAUUGUUGACAGGAGAAAGAGUAAGAUCACCAGGUGAAGAAUGUGACAAGGUGUUCACAGCAAUGUGCAAUGGACAAAUCAUUGAUUCAUUGUUAGAAUGCCUUAAGGAAUGGAAUGGUGCUCCACUACCAGUCUGUUAGAAGUGAAGCAACAGGUUUUAUUAUGUUAAAUGUUUGUCAAUUACUUCAAUUAUUUUUUACAUUUACCAUUUUGGAGUUAAAAACUAAAUAUGAACUCUCUUGAAUAUAUUGGUUUGUAGCUAUAUAUUAUUACAAGUCCUUUUUUAUUCUAUGAAAAUAAAAGAAAAGUGACCUUGUGCUUA